GAGAGUGAGAGAGUGAGAGGGGGUACUGCCGCAUAAAAUAGUGUACAGUGAUAUCCACACCAUUUCCAUGGUUUGGCUGCGUUUGGUGGAUUAGACUAAACAAUUUGAACUUUUUGAACUGAAAUAUCAGUGCUUGGAUGUGAAUUUAUCUACGCAUCUACCUUUUUGUGGAUAUAAUUCACUCCUUUUCCUGGAUUUACACACAGAACCGUGCUGCCAGGAUCCUGAUGAGAAACUGAAAGGUGUCAUCAUGUAUUUGUUCGCAAACAUCCUUUCUGAAUAUAAAAGUAAUCCAAGAAGUAAUCAUCUAGAUUACAUCUGGCUCAUGAUGGUGAAGAGGCGUGCGUUCCCUCUACUGAUAGCUUCUGCUCUGGCAGUCAUGGUCUACACCAUCUUCACAUUGCCCAGGUCACAGCCAGGCAACCUCCAGCAUCCCUAUCCGCACCACAUCUCUGACCAGUCCAUCACGCCUGUCAACGACACCAAACACUUCAUGGUGGGGGCCUACAAGGAACAUCGUGUGGAGGGAAGCUCCGUACGCAUCAUCAGUAUCUUCAGACGAGACUCAGUCCAGCCUCUGUACUGUGUGUUCUACUGUGGGACUCACUGGGCUAAUGGAAUGAAGGCUGAAGUCCAGAUGCACUCUGAUCACUUUGGUUUCCGCUUCGUGACGACCGACGUCCUUUGUCCGAAUCUUCCCGACUGCAACCCGUCACAUGUGACCCUCGCCACACAAGCUGACGCCGAACUCGCUCAGAACCAAACCUUCCUCCGCAUCCAGAACCUUGUGAAAAGGGAGGAAGAGGAGUUUCAGUUCAACUUCACUGUCUGUUGGUCCAAUUUAUUUGGCGAUUAUAACAACGUGCUUCAGGUCACCCAGACUCUGGAGAUGUACAAGUUGUUGGGAGUGCAGCAUGUUGUGGUGUAUAACACCAGCUGUGGACCAGACCUGGAGAGACUGCUACAGAGUUACACACAGGAGGGCUUUGUUGAGGUGGUGCCCUGGCCUAUCGACCAACACAUGAACCCGUCCCGUGGGUGGCUGCCCAGUGAACAUGGAGGGGACAUCCACUACUACGGCCAGUUGACCACUCUAAAUGACUGUGUCUACAGACAUAUGUAUCAGUCACGCUAUGUACUGCUGAACGACAUCGAUGAGAUUAUAGCUCCGUACCAGCAUCAAACCCUGCCCCAGAUGAUGGAUGUACUUCAGAGGCAAAACCCAAAGGCCGAAGUGUUCCUCAUAGAGAACCACAUCUUCCCUAAGUCCCAGUUUGAGCCCAGUGGAAGGUUUGAACGGCCCCGCUGGCAGGAUGUUCCAGGGAUCAACAUCAUGGAGCACAUCUACAGAGAGGAGCCAGACUAUCGUAUCUACCACCCCUCCAAGAUGAUAGUACGGCCCAGGGCAGUGGAGCAGACGUCGGUCCAUUCUGUGCUGCGUAACUUUGGGCAGACAGUGAAGGUUCCUCCUAACGUGUGUCAUAUCAUCCAUGUCAGAGUUCCCCUACGAGGAGAACUGACCAAGGAGGAGCUGCAUGAAGACAAGAGGAUCUGGGACUAUGAGAGACAACUGGUGCCUAAUGUAGAUAAAGCAUUGGAGAAGGCAGGACUACUGCGCAUGUGAAUGGAUUUGCUUCAUGCUGAACCAAACCUACAGAGAAGUUUAGCCCCACACUUGAAUGCUCUUAACCUGUCUAGGACAGAUGUUCCGCAAGCGGAAACCCCCCCCAACAUUCCACUGAAAAGGCAGCGUGCGAAAUUCAAAAAUAUUUUUUUGAAAUAUUUAACUUUCACACAUUA